CACUCUCUUUGCAUGCGCAGGGACUCUCCAGAGAGACCGUAUUUUUAAAAACUUCACCCGGAAACGCCAGCGGGCCAUGCGCAGACGGGUUCACCAAGUCAACGGGCACAAGUUUAUGGCUACUUACUUGCGGCAGCCUACCUACUGUUCACACUGCCGGGAAUUUAUUUGGGGAGUAUUUGGGAAGCAGGGCUAUCAAUGCCAAGUUUGCACGUGUGUGGUGCACAAGCGUUGCCACCACCUCAUUGUCACGGCUUGCACCUGCCAGAACAAUAGCAACAAGACGGAUGCAAAGUUUUCUGAGCAGCGGUUUGGAAUCAACAUCCCGCACAAAUUCAGAAUCCACAAUUAUAAAGUGCCCACCUUUUGCGACCAUUGCGGUUCCUUGCUUUGGGGGAUCAUGCGACAAGGCCUACAAUGUAAAAUUUGCAAAAUGAAUGUACAUAUACGGUGUGAAGCCAAUGUGGCGCCCAACUGCGGGGUGAACGCUGCGGAGCUGGCCAAGACAUUAGCAUGCAUGGGGUUGCAACCAGGAAAUAUUUCUCCAAAUGGAAAGCAGGCCUCCAGAUCAACGCUGAGGCGCCAGAAGAAAGAGAGCGUGAAAAAGGGGAACGGUGUGCCUGAAGUUUCAGCAAGCAAGCUGAAGAUUGAGGAUUUGAUAUUCAUCAGAGUGCUGGGGAAAGGCAGUUUUGGAAAGGUGAUGCUUGCUAAAACGAAACAGACGGGCUAUCUCUACGCCAUCAAAGUGCUGAAGAAAGAUGUGAUUCUUCAAGAUGACGACGUGGAAUGCACCCUAACGGAGAAACGGAUCCUGACUCUGGGUCGGAACCAUCCUUUUCUCACCCAGCUCUUCUGCUGCUUCCAGACACCUGAUCGGCUCUUCUUUGUCAUGGAAUUUGUAAAUGGAGGGGACUUGAUGUUCCACAUCCAGAAGUCCCGUCGUUUUGACGAAGCUCGAGCCCGUUUCUACGCUGCAGAAAUCAUUUCCGCUCUCAUGUUCCUCCAUGAGAAAGGCAUCAUCUACAGGGACCUAAAACUGGAUAAUGUAUUACUGGACCACGAAGGCCACUGCAAACUGGCUGACUUUGGAAUGUGUAAAGAAGGCAUCCUAGAUGGCGUCACUACAGCCACGUUCUGUGGGACCCCAGACUAUAUUGCCCCCGAGAUUCUCCAGGAGAUGCUCUAUGGUCCAGACGUAGACUGGUGGGCAAUGGGAGUCCUGCUCUACGAGAUGCUCUGUGGCCAUGCCCCUUUCGAGGCGGAAAACGAGGAUGACCUUUUUGAAGCCAUCCUCAAUGACGAAAUUGUCUACCCCACUUGGCUCCAGGAAGACGCAGUGGCAAUCCUGAAAGCUUUCAUGACAAAAAACCCCAAAAUGCGCCUUGGCAGUAGCGCCUUGGGCGGGGAGAAAGCUAUCCUCCUGCACCCCUAUUUUAAGGAACUGGAUUGGGAUUUGCUGAACCAGCGCCAGAUCGAGCCACCUUUCCGACCUCGAAUCAAAUCCAAAGAAGAUGUGAGCAACUUCGAUCCCGAAUUUUUAAAAGAAGAGCCUGUUUUAACCCCCAUUGAAGAUGGAAUUCUUUCCAUGAUUAAUCAAGAAGAAUUUAGAAACUUUUCUUACACGGACCCGGAAUUAGAAUCAUAGUCCCCUGAGGAGCGGCAAACGGCUUUCUCCAUCUGGUGAGGAAUUGUUACAAUUUAGGAUUGCCUGCAGUUUUGUUCAGAUGGAGCAUUCCAGAGGCAUUCCAACAUAUAUUACAGAUCGUGGACAGAAGGAGCACAAUUAAUUUAAUUCUGGAGCCGAGGGACCAUCUCUUGGAAAUUCUGAAGCACUGAGUGCAAAUAUUUAUAGCAGGACAACAGAUCUGCUUCGGGAAAUGAUGUGGAAAGAGGAAUUGGUUUGAGCGGGUUGGUCAGGAUGACCGCGGGAGGUUCGCCGUGAGUCUGGAGGUUUUCCGGAAGGAGGAUGAAAUCACCACUGAGCCAAAUGAAACCUUAUCCAAGGACAGACUUCUUCCAAAAUAUCUCUUGAAAGCAGCUUUUCAAAAGCAGGGCAGGGAAAAAAUAAAAAGAGCAGUAUUGACAGACUGGUUUGAACUGUGACACGGGAACAUCACCUCGUGUGGUGCUAACUUGCUUAGAAGACACCAAUAUGAUUUCCCCCCCUGCACUGAGCAAAUGGGUUUAUUUGAAACAGUUUGGGCUUCCAUUUAAAAAAUAUGUUGCUUUGUGCAAAAAAAUAAAAA